AAAGUACAGGGUAUCUAUUGCAGUGAUUGCUAGAGAUUCUUUGGCUCCAACCCAGCGUCACCGUGCGAGGCUUGCUUCCACUUCCACCGGCAACCAUUAAGGCAACCAGGCUUACGAGGUGAGGUAAUGGAUGAGAAAUCGAAGGCUAUUGGGUCCCUCCCAGUACCAAAUGUGCAAUCUCUCUCCGAGGAAUUCCACGGCUCGGAAAGUAUCCCCUUGAGAUACUUAAGGGCUGAAGCCGAGCUUGAUCCUGUGGUCAGCGAUGACGACUGGGAGAUCCCAAUCGUUGAUUUCAGCAGAUUGAUCGACCCUGAAUUAUCUGCACAAGAGUCUGCCAGGCUUCAUCUCGCUUGUCGAGACUGGGGCUUCUUUCAGUUGAUAAAUCAUAACAUUCCUUAUGAAGUUAUUGAGAAGGUUAAGGUUGAUGUUACCAAAUUCUUUAAGCUUCCAUUAGAGGAAAAGAAGGCAUGUAGGCAGUUACCUGGCAAUCUGGAAGGGUAUGGCCAAUUGUUUGUUAUGUCAGAGGACCAAAAGCUUGAUUGGGCCGACAUUCUUUACCUCAAUACCCAACCAGUUAAGCAGAGGAACAUGAGUUUCUGGCCUUCUCAACCACUGACAUUCAGGCAUACACUAGAUAAGUACUCAUCGGAACUCUACUUACUAGCCGAUGUUGUACUUGGUUUCAUGGCUAAGAACUUGGGAAUCAACCCGGAAGUUUUCGCCAAUAUGUUUAAGGAUGGAAUACAAUCAGUGAGGGUAAACUAUUACCCGCCAUGCCCUCUAGCUGAGAAAGUACUAGGUUUCUCACCACACUCUGACGGUUCACUUAUAACGUUGGUUCUUCAAGCAAAUCAAGUCCAGGGUUUGCAGAUCAAGAAAAAUGGUGGAUGGGUUACUGUCAAGCCUCUUUCUGGUGCUUUUGUCGUAAAUAUUGGUGACAGCCUUGAGAUAUUGAGCAAUGGGAUAUAUCAAAGUAUUGAGCAUAGGGCCAUAGUGAACAAAGAGAAAGAGCGUAUUUCAAUCGCGGCAUUUCACAGCCCAAACUCUGAUUUCAUGAUUGGCCCCCUUCCAGAUAUCUCUGGAGUUAAUGAAGCUAGGUAUAGGACUUUAAACAAUAAGGAUUUCAUCAAACUCUUCUUCUCUGCAAAACUUGAAGGCAAGAGUUUGCUGGAUGGCAUGAAAUUGAACAGAUGAUUUUACUGGCAUCGUGAGACAACUUGUCAAGCCUACUGGUCAGAAAAUGAUUCUAUUUACUUCUGUAAUCUCUUAUUUUUAUACAUUUUGCAACUUACUUUGGAUGAGUUGAGUUAGUUCUGUUCAUGGGGUUUCAAUUGUCUUGAAGCA